UUUAAUUUUUCAUCUGUAUUGACCAUAGACAAGGAAAAUAUGACAUUGAAGUAAAAACAAAAAUAUAAAAUAUUCUCUUUGGUCGGAUCUGUCAAUCCGAAAUCAUGGCUCCCCGGUUUGAGAUCGCAGUUGGUCUGCGAAAGGGCCACAAAACCACUAAAAUAUCUGCCGGCAGAAAAGGCAUCACAGACAAGGCCAUCAAAAUCAGGCCAGCCAGGCUAAAGGGUCUGCAAACCAAGCACUCGAAAUUCGUUCGAGACCUCGUCCGCGAGGUUGUAGGACACGCACAGUAUGAGAAGAGAGCUAUGGAGUUGUUGAAGGUGUCGAAAGAUAAGCGCGCCCUCAAGUUCCUUAAGCGCCGCCUGGGCACGCACAUCCGCGCCAAGAGGAAGCGUGAAGAGCUCAGCAACGUGCUCGCGCAGAUGAGGAAGGCAGCCGCCCAGGCGCAUCACGCCACCACACACACUAAGUGAACAAUAAACUAGUUUACCACA